AUGGUGAGCAAGGAAAAGGAUAACCCAGUUCCACAGAAGGAAGUUGAAACAGGGGAAGCUAGAACAGAGGAUGAUAUCCAGAUCGGAGACUUGGGAAAACCAGUACCCCGAAUGGCUGAACCGUUUUUCCAAAACCUAGAAACUGAGCUGGAGAUUGAAGAAAAGAGGAAAGAGACUGAAGAGUCUUCCAAGGGAGAUUCUAGUAACACGAUCAGACAAGUGAAGCCUUUUCCCUACCGAGGGGAGGCCAAGAAGAAAAAGGAUGAUCCUGUAGACUUCAUGGAAAUCUUCGGCAAGCUGGAAAUCAACCUACCAUUUCUCCAGGCCUUGAACCUACCUAUUUUCAGCAAGUUCAUCAAGGAGUUUAUCGCCGGGAAGACCAAACCCAAUGGCAAGAUAGUGAUCGGAGAAAUUGUGUCGGUAGUGAUUCAGAAGCGGAGGAUGCCGUCAAAACGCAUUGAUCCAGAUUAUCAUGGAGACAAAUACAAGUUUAAUAUUGACGAGGCUAUGAAGAAACCGUUAGAUGUGGAAAACCUGCAUGCUGAACAGAUUGACAAUUCAGAGUUGAGCCAUUCUAUUGAUAGAGAAGUAGCAGGAUGGUGUGAGGCCAUGAAUACUCUGGAGUUGACAGAUGAGGAGCUAGCAGAGGCAAUUAUAGAAUUCUGGCAUGAAGGAUUAGUCACCAAGGAAAUGGAAAAGAACCCACUGCCCCAAGAGACAAACUCGCCAAAGAAGGAGUUGAAGACACUGCCACCUGGUCUAAAGUAUGCUUAUUUGGAGGAGAACGAGACAUUCCCUGUAAUCGUCAACAACCACUUGACACAGGAAAAUGAGCUACUGGAAGUGAUCAGAAGAAACAAGAAAGCUAUAGGGUGGACUCUAUCGGACUUGGUGGGAAUUAGUCCUGACCUCUGUAUGCAUCAUAUUCGCUUGGAAGAAAGAGCAAAGGCCUUCCGGGAUCCACAAAGGAAACUGAACCCAAACAUGAGGGAAGAGGUCUUGAAGGAAGUUCUGAAACUACUAUCCUUGGGAAUCAUUUACUCGAUCCCUGAUAGUGAGUGGGUAAGCCCAGUCCACAUGGUGCCGAAGAAGUCGGGGAUACAAGUGGUGAAGAAUGAAAAGAAUGAGCUUGUGCCGACAAGGCUGAUAUACGUAGAUCUGGAAGACCAAGAGAAGAUGACUUUCACGUGUCCCUUUGGGACGUAUGCGUACAGGAGGAUGCCCUUUGGCCUGUGUAAUGCACCGGGCACCUUUCAAAGGUGCAUGAUGAGCAUCUUCUCGGACCUGCUGGAAGAGUGUAUCGAAAUCUUUAUGGAUGAUUUUACAGUCUAUGAGAGUUCUUUCGAAACCUUCCUAGCUAACUUGGAUCUUGUACUACAGAGAUGUGGAGAGAAGAAUCUAGUGCUGAAUUUUGGGAAAUGUCACUUUAUGGUGUCGGAUGGAAUUGUUCUGGGCCAUGUCGUCUCGGAGAGAGGUAUUCAGGUGGACAAGGCGAAGAUGGACGUGAUUUCAAGGCUCUCUUAUCCUACAAAUCAGAAGGAAAAUGAAGUGGACUUCAACUUUGACGAGGCAUGUCAAGGGGCCUUUCAACUUUUGAAAGACAAGCUUGUAUCAGCCCCUAUAAUCAGAGCUCCAAACUGGAAUCACCCAUUCGAGGUGAUGUGCGACGCCAGUGAUUACGCCGUUGGAGCAGUGUUGGGUCAAAGAAUUGAUGGGAAGAGCUAUGUGAUUUUCUACGCCUCGAAGACGCUUAAUCAGGCCCAGAAGAAUUACGACACCACGGAGAAGGAGAUGUUAGCUGUUGUGUAUUCCUUUGAAAAGUUCCGACCAUAUUUACUUGGGUCGAAGGACAAGAAAGGGAUCGAGAACAAGGUAGCCGAUCAUCUAAGCAGAAUUUUUCAAGGAGCUAUAGAGGAAGCUAUACCGGAUGCAUUCCCAGAGGAGCAUCUAUAUUUUAUGGGGGAAUCCUCAAGAUAUAUUAGAUGA